GACACGGCGGCCGCGGCGGGGCUGGAGCGGACGACGGCGGCCGCGGGCCCUCCUCCUUCAACGCCUUGCUCCUCCUUUUCUUCCUCCUCCUCUCGUUUCCGGCGUGUCUCGUCCACUUCCCCUCACCACGGCCUCAAUCCCACCGUUCCGAGGAGCUACGCCGACCGAAGUAUAGGCAUGACUUCCCGGCGCCGCAGGGAAAACCGGGUGCAAGCCCAGAAACUCUUCCCCCACCACCACUUGUUGAAAAUCUGAUUUCAAGGCGUUUCCCGCUUGGAGCAAACGGAAAAGUGCCUGGGUUUGCGCUGGAGAACCUUAAGUAUCAAAACAAACAAACAAAAAAACUGGAAACUAAUUCGAACCUUACUCAAAGUCAGAAUGGAACGAUUUGUAGUAACGGCACCACCUGCUCGUAAUCGUUCUAAGACUGCUUUGUAUGUGACACCCCUGGAUCGAGUCACUGAAUUUGGAGGUGAGCUCCACGAAGACGGAGGAAAACUCUUCUGCACGUCUUGCAAUGUGGUUCUGAAUCAUGUCCGCAAGUCUGCCAUUAGUGACCACCUCAAGUCAAAGACUCAUACCAAGAGGAAGGCGGAAUUUGAAGAGCAGAACGUGAGGAAGAAGCAGAGGCCACUCACUGCGUCUCUCCAGUGCAACAGUACUGCACAAACAGAGAAAGUCAGUGUUAUCCAGGACUUUGUGAAAAUGUGCCUGGAAGCCAACAUCCCCCUGGAGAAGGCCGAUCAUCCAGCAGUUCGUGCUUUCCUGUCUCGCCAUGUGAAGAAUGGAGGCUCCAUACCUAAGUCAGACCAGCUGAGGAGAGCGUAUCUGCCUGAUGGCUAUGAGAAUGAGAAUCAGCUCCUCAACUCACAAGAUUGUUGACAAGGAGGUUAUCACCAUUGUGAUCAAGAUAAAUAAUGUGGAGUAUUAAAGUUAACGUGUUGAUUGUGUAGUUCAUUUUUAUAUUUAUUUCAUUUAAAAUCAUGUGAUAUGGAAUAGUUUUGCAAUGUGUAUAUAGUUGCAGGCAGAAAGAAAAUAAGACCUCACUGCAAAACUAUUAAUUUUAGUCACCAGUGGUAUAAAGCAAAACUUAGGUAUAGAGUGUACCUGAUGGUGAUCUUUAAAAUGGAUGGUUUUUCUCCUGAGCGUGUGCAUGGAGGAAUUGCCCUGCAUUUUUAGCCCGUUGCCAUGUAUGAAUAUUCUUAUGAGGUUACUUAGUUAUUCGGAUUGAAGAGUCUAGCCUAGGAAAUUGAAGCUGCUGCCAUGACAUAGCACUCACAGUAACUUAAAGGAAUUACUCUGACUAGAGGACCCUCUUUAAAGUGGAAGGGAAGGUAGAAAAUGUUCAUUUAGCUUGAGAUCCAUAAGGGAAUGUACAAAAAGGUUCUUACUGCUUGAGAUCCCUAGGAAAAAAAUUACUUCAUUUCAAACUGUUAAUAUGUAUUUCACUUCACUCUCCUUCACUUCCUGUCUCUCUCCCUUUUAAAGAUGUACUGUUUUUAGUAGCAGCUUCAAGUGACUGAAAGACUAAAGUGGAGGAUUUUGCAGUGACAAGAUUUUAGUCUUACAAUGAACACAAAUUUUUGAACAGUGGCUUUCAUAUUAAGCAUCGUCUUGGAUUUGCAAACUUUUUCAUGUCUUGGUGUUAAGACUAUGGGACUGAUCUUUUAAAUACUGCAAUUGAAUUUCCUCUGUACAGGGAAUUAGUAGUUACUUUUUGGCUGACAGAUCAAAUGAUAAAGAUGCUGUCUAGACAUCACUUUUCCUUAAGAUUUUUGAAGAGUUUAUUUAGGCAAAUAGACUAAAAACAAAUUUUACUUUCACUUUUAUCUGCUUUGCCUCUGAUGGCAGAAAGUUUUUAAACUUGGACAAGUAAGCAGUUUUCUGGAAACUGGGGCAAGAUUUUUGUAGUAGAUUUUUGCUGCCUAGCUGUUUGAGUCAGAAAUAAUCAGUUCUGGUUAAGGUCAGCCAUGUCUAGUUUAUUAGAACCUCACUAUACUGUAAGGUUAUCAAAGUUAUUUAGCCCAGAUAAGUCCUCUUCAUUAGGGGGUUCAAAUUUAAAUUAGCAACUGAUAACAGAACUAGAGCUUUAAUAUUUUUAAAAAAUAUAUUUGAAAACAUUGGAGUUUAUGUUUCUCUUACAAAGCAGUGGCAUUUUAUAACUUUAUAUGACUUGACGUCAUUGUGCCACAAAUUUCCAUUAAGUAAAAAGCUAACAUUAGUAAAAAUACUACAGUUUGCAUCUUUAAGAAACAGUUGUCUAUAGGGUCUUUUACAGACUGUAAACCCUAAGUCAGGCUAUCAGAAAAAUGACCAUCUGCUUUUAUAUUUUUGUUUUCUACUUUUAAAGCUUAAUGCUACCAAAAAAAAAAAAAAAAAUCACUUGUCAAAAUUUGAAGUUUAUGUUUUUCUCCUGUUGGGCUAUGUUCAAGCAGCCCCCAUAACACCCGACACAGGCUGCAGCUGGUAAAGCACACAAGGCCACAGCUCAAUGGGUUUGGUUUUCACUUCCUCAGGAAAGAAUUGCAGGCGACCAUGUUUAAAUGAAGAUGGUAGGACACUGAAGAAGCUAAGAAAAUAAUUGAGUUUUAUAGCACUAUUUUCAGAGUAAAAAAUAAUCAUUCUAGUUUUUCAGAAUUCCAUGUGAUUUGAACUGUUCAGUAUUGUCUGAAUAUUAAUUAGUACUACCAACAAACAUGGCAGAACAGCUGUUAGUCUAGUAAGGAGACUGAUGUUGCACUAGAAAGAUAAUUCACAUUUGAGUUCAUUACUGACUUCAUAGUCUGUUCCUAUAGAAGUAUUUUUCCAGGCUUGCAACUAUUCCCACAUACGAGUUUCCCCUUCUGUUAGGGGAAGCUAAUGUUUAUGUUCCUUUACUGAUUAUGAAACUUGUUCCCUGAAACUGGUUAAAUUUGUUUAAUAGUUAAGUGAUUAUAUUAGCCUGCUCAAACAAAAAUUUGUGAGACCACAAUGGGUAUAUGAUAACAAGAGAAUGUCUAAGAGGCAUGUGCUGCUUUGGAGGCAGAGAGAACAUGUGUACAGAAGCUUUCAGUCUUAAUUAUAUAGUGUUUAGUGUGAUGCUAUUCUUGGAAAAAUAGCAGCCUUUUUGAUAAGUUGUAUGCAUAAUCAUAUAAUAUGUAAUGUUUCAUUUAUAAGCUGCCUUCAACACAUGCUUACCAUUAGUGUUUUCUCAAAGUAUAGUAGUAUGUUUUCCAGAAUUUCACUAUAUGCUUACAGUAAAUAGUUCUAGCUUGUUGAAAUGUUGAAUUUCUUGUUGGUUUCUUUUUAAUUAUAUGGAGCAUAUAGCAAGCCUGAAAGACAUUGUAAUCAUUUUUUUACAGGGUGAAAAUUUAGAAAGAUUGUGUAUGAGAGCCUAUAUAUUUUAUCAUUAUCAUCUUUGAUUAAGGCUUUUUUUAUUACUAUUUAACAAAUGCUACUUCCAGUUAAUGCCUGUGGCCCUACUAAAUUUUAAGGGACCAGAAAACUUUUAAAAAGUUUUACAUCUUACUGUUGUAACCAGUUACGUAUCAUCUUUGGGUUGUCCUGAAGUAUUAAUUGCAUAGAAACUUUAGUAAGCAUAGUUGGCAGGAUUAUUAAGCUGAAACUUGCCUAAAUUUGUAUUUGAAUGUUAAUGGAAACACAUAUAAGCAAGAUAAAAUUUAAGGUGGCCUAAAAGAAAAGGAUGCUUAGCCUUUGUAAGGACUCUCCUUGUUUGACUUACCCCAUUUUGCCAUUAAAUGAGGACAGAUUACCUUAAAACAUGUUAAAUUGGUCUGUAUUACAUGGAGGAUUAGCUGUAUAAUUUCACUGAAAAUCUUAGCCUAAAAGGAAUUGCAUUAACUUGUGGUCAGCACUGAUUGAAAUGUGACUAGUGAAGAGGCUAUCCUAAAGCCUGAUUUAUCUCUACCCAUGCUAUCAUAGGUUUCUGAGGUAAAGGCAGUCCUCACCUAGUGGUAUUAUACUUGUAUCCAGAAUACUGUGUUAAUUAAAAAAUUGCUAUGUUCA